GUGUCCACUAAGAGUGGUCUGGACCCAGGCGGUGUGUGGCAGGCGUGGGGAAUGGCCUCCCUCAAGGCAGGGAACUUGACUGCUGCUAGGGAGAAGUUAUGUCGCUGUCUGAAAGCUCCGGUGGACAGAAACCAGCUCAACCUGGGUCCUCGGCUGCUGCAGGAGAUAGUCUCUCAUCUGGAGAGCACAGUCAGAUCCACGCUGGCCACGUCUUUCAGUGAGGACAUCCUGUGGUCUCUGAGGGAGCUUGAGGAAGCUCUUUGUGAGCCUGGAGGAUCAGUGGACUGGCCAGAGGGGGUUCAGGGUCAGGGCAACAGCCUGUAUCAAGAGAGCUUGUACUACCUGUCCAGCUACGGGACUCAUCUGGCCCUGGUCUCCUUCCUGAUGAGACACGACAACAUGAAGGACGCCCUGCAGCACCUACUCAGCAAGGAAUGUCCAGAGGAGGUGUUCUGGAGGGCAUAUUAGCCUAGUCUGGAGAG